GGUAAACUCCAUCUCAGAGACGUGUUGAAAAGUCUUCACCUGGUCCCAUUCACUAGUUUUAUUAAUUUCUUAACUUUGAGUCAUACUUCAGGACCAAAUCAUAGUGGACUUUUAAUCGGUUGCUCUGCUUCCUUUCCUUUCCUUUCUUCUGUCCAUCUUCCAUAUACCUACUAAAUUUAUAUUCUCAAAACACAGAUAUGAUUCUUAUCCUUCUGUGACUUCUCUUGCUUCUGGGAUAAAAUGCAAACUGCUAUUUAGGAUUUAGGGAUUUAAAGUCCUUUAUGAUUUGGCCUCUAGUCCCUCUUUGUAGCUAUCCUAGACAUUACUCCCAUUCUCAAACUUUACAGUCUAAGCAUCCCUAUCUGGCUGUUCCAUUUUGACUUGGCAUGUUCUCCUAUUUUACCUUGGCUUUCUGAAAUCAAUUUCUAGCUUUCUUCAGAGCUCAUCUCCCAUGCUACCUCUUCCAUGAAGCCUUUCCACUCCUCCUCAUUUGUCUUGUAUAUAUUUUGGCUGCACUGUGUUUAUAUUUUUCUGAGUGCAUUUAGUUUUUCUAAUGAGAAAGUACAUUCUUUGUGAUCAGAGUCUGUUUUAUUUUUGUCUCAGUAUCUCUAGCACCACACCCAAGAUACAUGCUUAUAAUGCUUGUUGAUGUAUUGAUAUUCUACCUCCUUACAUGCAUCCAGCUGCUCUUUUUAAGUGAUGACCCCUGUCCCCUCUUCUUGCCUUUCCCCAGAUUACUCUCCCACAUUUGGAGUACAGUCCCUCCUCAUUUUUGUCUUGUUUGAUCCCUAGAUCAAAGAGCAGCUUGGGUUCCACCUUCAACACAGGACCCUCCUGAUCUCUCCAGCUCUUAGUGUCCAUCACUAAUUUGAAAUAAUAUUAUUUUGUAUAUAUUUUGUGCCAAACUAUUCCUCUGUAGAAUGUAAGCUCCUUGAGGGCAAGUGUCUAUUUUGUAUUAUUUUUUUGUAAACCCAGCACAGUGCCUUUUGUAUAGUAAGAAUUUAUUAAACAUAUAUUGAGUUGGACAAUCUUCUUGUACUUUUUGUAUCAUGAGUGAUUUCUUAUUCAUUUAAACCUAAAUUUGCCUGUUUCACCUAAUAAAUGAAAUGGACAGAAUAGCAUAGUGAGAAAAGCAGAUGAUUUGGAGUCAUAAAACUUGGAUUUGAAUGAUAGCACUAUCCCUUACUAAAUAUGUGAUCAUUAGUCUCAGUUUCCUCAUCUGUGAAAUGGAGAUAGUAAUAUCUGUAGAGAGAAGCAGCAUGAUGUGGUGGGCAGAGGGUCCCCUCCAAAGUCAGAAAGACUUAGAUUUGAGUCCUGCAAAACUAGCUGACACAUACUAACUAUGGACUAGAACAUGGACAAAUCAUUUAACCUCUCAGUGCUAUUGUUAUCAUUUUACCCUCUAUAUUCUAGAUAAGUUGCUGAUCUUCAUUGGUGGAGAAGGGCAUUCCACUUUCAGGCACUAAUGAGAUCAAAGGUCCAGACCUCUCUAUUUCCCCUCCCCUCUCCUACCCCCAAAUACUUGGAGUCCUGACCUCACUGGGUUAUAUUUGGAGAUUUAAAUGAAACAAUAUAUAUUUAUAGUGGUUUGCAUGACAUAAAUAUCAGUUAUUAUUGUUGCUGUUAUCAUUUAAUGAUUUCUCAACCUGUUUCAUCAUCUAUAAAUUGGAGGUACUAAUACUUAUACUACUUACCACAAAGAGAUGUUUUAAAACCUUAAUACCUUCUACAAAUGUGAGUUAGUGAUAUUAUUGUAGAUAACCUAUAGAAAUAGGUGCCCAGAAAUCCAAGGAGCAAUUGAUUACAAACACUGGGGUGGAGGCAAAGGUAUAGGACACACAAACAUUUAGCCCUCAGGCCCCUCUCCUCCCAUCUUCUUAACUUGGACACAUGCUAUUAGUUCCUCUCUCAAACUGUAUGUCCUAGGAAAGAGGACUUCAGAAAAAUCCAAAAAAAAAAAAAAAAAAAAACCACCAACCCAGGUUGGUCUUCUGUUGAAAUGAAAGAAGUACCCACAUGUCUUUGCAAAGGGGCACUACUUUUGUUUUUUUAUUUUUUUCAUUCUUUUUACCAUAUAGAAUACAAGGAUGCCCUACAAAAUUACCACAGGGAUUGGAGCUCAGAAUUGGUGGCAGGUCAUACUCUGCGAAAGGCUGGAAGAAGCAGGUCCUGUUCACGGGAAAAAAAGGAGGGUUAUACUAAAGACAUGGUGACGGACUUUGAUGAGAAACAUGAUGAAUAUUUAAUAUUGCUUCAGCAGAGAAAUCGGAUAUUAAAGCAUUUGAAAACCAAGGACCCCAUGCAACUAAGACUAGAACACUUAGAACAAGGGUUUUCUGUUUAUGUCAAUGGAGCCAAUUCAGAGCUGAAAACCUCUCCAAGAAAGGCCAUUCUACCAGAUUUCCCCAGAAGUGCGUCACAUGCAGAAGGAGCACACGAUUCUGGAAGGAGACCUUUUUUUAGAGAAACAGAAGAAGCAUUAAGCCGUGGUUCACGAACAGCACCUUGCAAAGUUCAGCGCAAAGGAUGGCAUCAGAAGUCUGUACAGAUUAGAACUGAAGCUGGGCCUCGACUCUACCUUGACCCACCUGACUUGGCUGAGGAUUUUGAAAGAAAUCAGCAAGUGAACACCAAAACAAAGGAUUUUCCUAGGGAUUUUUCCCAGAAUCCCAGUUACCCCACCAACAGCACUCCCUGUGAUUUUAAUUUUUCCCUUCUGAAUACACAUGGACAAUCAGACCCCCACAGCGAUGCAGACAAAGAAAGGAUACUUUUAACUAUUCAUGAUGUAAUGGAACUGAGAAAAAGCUUGGAGAUUAGUGUAAAUCUUCAGAAGAAAGAAAAAGACUGUUCCAGCGAAGAUUACGACUCUAUUGAAGAGGACUUAUACACAGAACAGGUGCCAGAGGAUAAGAGUCUAGACUCUUCUGGAGAUGACCUUCCACUUUCUGGAAGUGACUCUGUCCUAGAAGAAACUCCCAAGGAUCAGGAGGCGAAGGGAUUCAAUCCUGAAUGCUCAAACACACUCAUUGUACUGGAAUUUAAUCCAGCUUCCAAAAAUAAAAGGGAAAGAAAUCUGUCUGCCAAGCGCAAAGAGAAUGCUGAGCUCUUUAUUCCAACUAAGCCAGACACAGCCCAAGGUCGAGGAGAUCGCCAACAAUGUGCUGCUUUACAGGACCAAGAGAAAUCCUUUUCUAGACCAGGCAGCCGAAAAGAAAGACCACUAUCUGCUACACGGAAGAAUGUAUAUAAGGAUGAAGAUCCUGAAGAAGAUGCCUCAGCUGUCCUCAGAGCUAUACAAGUUGAGAAUGAAACCUUACAAAAGGAAAUCCUUAGCAGAAAGGCAGACAAUCUGGCUAGCCAACAAAAGGAAGAGGAGGAUCUACCAGUGAGACCUUGGUCUAGUCUUUUUAAGGAAGUGGAUGAAGUCCCUUUUACUGCCUUUGAUGUGCCUCCUCCUGACCUUUUCAUAGCCAGUGCUGUAUCUGAGCCAUCUGAAACUGCAGGGAGUACAAAUGCAGUCACGGAAGCAAUAGAAAGAAUUGGUCUUCUGGGAAGCAGGCAACAGAAGAAGCUUCUGAAAGUCCUUCAGGCGAUUGAAAAUGACCCUGCCCAUCUCAGUCGAGUAGGACCUGAGGAACCUCUGUUGGACCUUGAGGAUACAUUGACAACCAAAGUAGAAGAGAUCAAAGAUGCCAUUUAUGUGACCAUGGAAAUCCUGUCUAACUGGGGAAAUGAGGUCUGUGUGGGUUUGACAGAAGUUGAAUUCUUUGACCUUAAUGAUGAAAAGGUAUUUGUGUCACCUCACGAUGUGGAUAUUCGAAAUACUGACAAACCUGGGGACUUGAGCUGCCUUGUCAAUAGAAAUAUAACUAAUACUAAAGAGCUCUCUUUGUGGACCUGUCCUUUCCACCCUCCAGUUCAGCUUUUCUUUAUCAUCCGUAAUACUAGACAAUCUCAUGAAUUUGGCAUCUCCAAAAUCAAGCUUUGGAAUUACUGGACAACUCACAGUGAUCUUGACAUAGGUGCAAAAAAAGUGAAGCUUUAUGUCAAUGAAAACCUUGUAUUUGAUGGAGAGUUAGAAAAAGGCAGUGGAGAGCUGGUUACUGAUUGUAGCACCAUAAUUGACCUUAAAAAUGAUGAACAGGAAAGCUCUGCUAAUCUUGAUAUGGAAGAAAGCAAAGACACAUGCAGGACAGAUGGUGACAAAGAACCCAGUUUCAAUGAUUCGCAGUUAGAUGAAACCUCGUCAUAUUUGAAGACCUCCUUGGAUGGAAAUAUCUUUGAUAUAAAGAUGAACUCUACUAAUUGCACAAAAGACAAUUUGUCCAAAUUAGAGGAGGACUUAAAAGUGUUAUCUGCUCCUGUAUCCAUGGUUGAUGUACCAUGUGACCCUCCAGAACCCUCAAUUGUGAAAUACCCUUCUGAUGAUGAACUCAGUAUAGCCGAACAAUUUGAAAAACUCACAGGCAGAAAAAUCUCCCAGCCUCUUAGUAAAACCCCACCUUGGUUACAGUCUUUUUCCAAAAUGAAAGAUAAGCCAGAAAGCAAGAAACAGAAACCUCCUUGGCUGAGUCCAGAGAAGCCUCUUGAUUUAAAAGUCAAAGUGCAAUCAGAUGACAUCACUAAAGAAUUUACUGAAGAAAAUGAGGAAAAUGAGAAAUGCCUACAGUGGGAACAAGGACGGGCUGGAAGCCGCAGUGCCAUUGCAAGUGAAAGGCUACAGGCAAGAACUGAGAAAGAGGACAUUGAUGACUUAGAUAUUUUUGACCUACUUUCUAAUAAGGAUCGCUAUGGCCCAGAGCGCCCUAUCAGUGGAAGGAGGAGUUCCAGAAAAGAUGCUCUCAACUGUAAUCAUGGAGAUGAAGGGCUGACCAAUAAAGAGGACAUCUUUCCUGUCAUAUCUACAAAGAUGGCACGAUCCAGGUGGCACAGUGAACAAGAACAUACUCUCCAGGAGUCCUGGAACUCCCUCACAGCCUUCAAUCGCUCUCAUCGGGGUCGUAUAUCCAAUAUGGAAUUUCAGGGUGAUAUCUUUGAUGAAUUCCUGCAGCAGCAGAAGAUUAGUAGACAUGGGGAACUCUCAGUGACAAAGGAAGGAAAACAAGACUUAUUGAAAGGGCAGGAAGAUUAUUCCAUGGAUAUGGUUGACGAGAGUGAUUUUAAAAUUCCAGUGUUACCUCAUGGACAGCACUUAGUUAUUGACAUCAAAUCAACCUGGGGAGACAGACACUAUGUUGGCCUUAAUGGAAUUGAAAUUUUUAGCUCCAAGGGAGAACCUGUACAAAUUUCUAACAUAAAAGCUGAACCCCCUGACAUUAACAUUUUACCAGUCUAUGGUAAAGAUCCCCGUGUAGUAACCAACCUAACUGAUGGUGUGCAUAGGACCCAAGAUGAUAUGCAUCUUUGGCUGGCCCCAUUUACCCCUGGCAAAUCUCACUAUAUUUAUAUUGACUUCGUACAUCCUUGCCAAGUUGCCAUGAUUAGAGUUUGGAAUUAUAAUAAAUCACGGAUACAUUCUUUUCGCGGAGUAAAAUAUAUGACUAUGUUAUUAGAUGAACAGUGCAUAUUUAAAGGAGAAAUUGCCAAGGCUUCGGGAACACUGACUGGAGCCCCAGAGCAUUUUGGAGAUACUAUAUUAUUCACAACUGAUGAUGACAUUCUCGAGGCCAUAUUCUGUGCUGAUGAAACAUUUGAUGUUGAUGUUGAAACCCUGUGUAAUAUGAGAUAUGAGGAAGAAUUCAAGAGACCACAGACAGCAGAUGGGGAAGGUGAUGAAAGGCCAUUCACCCAAGCUGGUGUGCGUAUAGAUGAUCAGGCUCAAGAGCAAGAGUUGACCUCUAGAUCUCCUUUACUCAAAUUGACAACCCCUGAGCCAGGAGUUUACAGUGGGAUGUGCCUUCAGCUUAAUUUCACAGCCUCUUGGGGCGACAUGCAUUACCUAGGGCUGACAGGACUUGAAGUGGUAGGAAAAGAUGGUCAGUCUUUGCCAAUUACAUUGGAUAAGAUGUCUGCCUCACCCAGUGAUUUAAAUGACCUUCCCGAAUACACUGACGAUUCCAGGACCUUAGAUAAGUUAAUAGAUGGGACUAACAUCACAGUGGAAGAUGAGCAUAUGUGGCUGAUCCCCUUCUCUCCUGGGGAGGAUCACCUGAUCACAAUCUAUUUUGAUAAAGCUGAAAACAUUGUGGGGCUGCGUUUUUGGAACUAUAAUAAAUCUCCUGAGGACACCUAUCGAGGGGCCAAAGUUGUGCAUGUGCUGCUGGAUGGCCAGCAUGUCUCUCCACCAUCAGGCUUCCUCGUCCGCAAAGGGCCAGGCCACUGCCACUUCGAUUUUGCUCAAGAAAUUCUCUUCGUUGACUAUUUACAGUCCCAGUCAGCAGUGAGACCAUCACGGAGCCGGACUGAUUUAAAGAAUACAGAACAAGCCAGCAUGGACUAUGAAGCUCCAUUAAUGCCAUGUGGCUUCAUCUUCCAGUUUCAGCUUCUCACCAGCUGGGGAGAUCCAUAUUACAUUGGUCUGAAUGGACUGGAGCUAUAUGAUGAACAUGGAGAAAGAAUUCCUUUGACGGAAAAUAACAUUGCCGCUUUCCCAGACAGUGUGAAUACCCUAGAGGGAGUAUGUGGAGAUGUCCGAACUCCAGAUAAGCUCAUUGACCAAGUGAAUGACACCAGUGAUGGCAGACACAUGUGGCUGGCCCCAAUCCUCCCUGGCUUGGUGAAUCGGGUUUAUGUGAUCUUUGAUCUGCCUACCACUGUGUCCAUGAUCAAAUUGUGGAAUUAUGCAAAAACUCCCCAUCGAGGAGUAAAGGAAUUCGGACUUCUUGUUGAUGACUUGUUAGUGUACAAUGGAAUCCUGGACAUGGUCAGCCAUGUGAUACAUGGCAUCCUGCCUACCUGUGAUCCCACAAUCCCCUACCACACCAUUCUCUUUACGGAGGAUGAGGAGAUCUGUCACCGAGAGAAGUACACCAUUAUCAGUAAUCAUGUUGAGGAUCAGGAUGUCCGGAUGAUGAAUGAAAAUCAAAUUGUUACCAACUCCAAAAAGAAACAGACAACUGCUGACCCAGCUUUACGCCCCAAGACCUGCAUAAGCGAGAAAGAAACGGUGAGGAGGAGAAGAUACUGACAGACUGAGGAGUGAAAAGAGUGUGGUUUAGCCAACUCUUUGCUUUGAUGUCCCAAGACUCCCCCCAGCAGAGAUCCUUCUACUCACAGGCCAGAGGAAGGUUUAUUGAUGGAUGUUAAAUCAGGGCAAUGUUGCCCUCCCUUUGCAUUUGGAUCUGGUACUUUGCCAACUGGAAAUUCAAGAAAGAGAUGUGAACUGAGUUCCAGUUACCACCACCAAUCAAGAAGGGGCUGGGAAAACAGUCAGCAUGGAUUGGAGUUUGUGGGGAUGGGGGAGAAGAGAUUCAGAAGUUAAAUUGCUUGGAAAAAAAAUACAGGCCUUGCUGUAUACAAACCUAGAGGACAAAGGGCCAUUUGAACUGUAUUUUUCUCAUGGAUUUUUGGUUGUUUUUGUUCUGUUUUGUUCACUUGCCAUUCUACCAAGUUCCUCUCCUGCUCUCUCUGAGCCUUCUCCUGGGUACCUUGUCAGGCUCAGGCAGCUGCAGGAAAAGCCAGUUUAGUCUGUAAAGGGAAAUUGGCCUACAGGGAAAAGAAUCUGGUAGAGAGAAGAACAAGAGAGCAUCUCCCCCAGCAGGUGGCCCCGCCCUCAGAGUGUGAGCUCAGCAGUUAUAGGAAAGCGGCUGAGCCACAGCCAAGGACCAGCCCUGCUGGUGGAGAUGGUCAUAGUGCUCCUUCUUUGGGUGGGAAGGAACAUGGGGGUUGCUGAAAGAAGCUAUCCCUCCCUCUUCUUCCUCCAAGGAUCAAUUCGAGGGACAUUGAGUAAUCAGGCAGAGGAUUACUUCCCCUUUCCUUUUUUGGUGGGACUGUUUGGGGGGCAGAGAAUGGAACAUCUCAUGCUCAUGCCCCUGCAAAUUUUCACAUAGAAUACCUAUUUCAUGCAAUCUCUCAUCCUUACACCAUUCCUCCCAAAUUCUUGGUGGAAGAGUGUCCAUGGGAUAGCCACUAAAAAUGAGAAGAGUCUGCAGACUUUCUGUGCACACACACACACACACACACACACUUCUUGGGUCUUAACUAUUUCUUAACCCAAAGAAAGAAAGUACAUAAAGUCAGGUGUCAUAUAGAAAGAGAAAUUGCAUCCCUUCCUUUAAAAGCAGUGCAAAGAAGAGCCUUGAGGCUGCCUGGGUCCCUAAAUGUCCCUGAACUUUGACAGAGUGAAUACAGACCAGACUUGGUCUGAAGUAAGGAGAGGGCUGGAGACCAUGUUUGCCUCCCAAAGUCCAGUCCAGCUCCCUGGUUGAUAUAUGUCCAGAAGGAGGAUGCCACCGGGCCUGUCGCUGCAAAGAUUCCUCCUGACACAGGAGUCCAGUAAAUUGAAUCAAAAGCAAAGCUCCUCACCUCAAAGAGGCAGCCCAAGGUCUGUCCCUGAGAGAGAUGGGCUGAGAUCUGGGGAGGCUGCAGUCGCUCAGUGGUGUUCCCUUGCAGUAGGAUAGAGUGCCUCAGAUUCCUGGUCCGUGAAGGGCAAUUGUUUGUUUUCAGCACUUCCCUCGAGAAAUGGGAUGUUGCUGUCUCAUUUACUAUUGCCUCAGUUCCCUACAUUUUGACCUGCAAAGGACUUACCUCCCCCUCCCUUCCCCUUCUCUACCUUCUCCUCCCCACUUCCUCUUCCCCCACCCCUGCAUUAUUUCCCUAUAAGCUCCUGAAGGAUAAGACUCUUUAAUACUUUGAAAACGUUUAGACUUAGAGUAUCAGGUCCUUCUAGUAUAAUGGUUAUUUCUACCAGUCCCAAGUUACCAGUACAGUCAGUACUACCCCUCCCCUUUUAUUUUCCCACAGUGGGAAACAAGUGAGUCUCAGCCCCUGUGCCAUGAGCUGUUCAAAAUACAUCUACUUCCAUCUAUACACCAAGUUCUUAUCAGGGAACUAAUUGGUUUCCCAGUGGUGGGUAAUUUCUUGUUCCAAAUAUUAAUCUCUUGUUUUUCUGGCACCCAGCCUGGAGACAGCCCAUGUACUGUAAGUAUGUUACUAUGCAACAGAAAACCUGAACAAAUAUUUUACAAGAUUUGCAGAUUAAACGUAAGCAGCUAUGCAAAUGUGCUUUCCAUUUGUAACUUGUGGAUGAUAUUAAGAUCAGGAUUUGCCCCUCCUAACUAAAAUUUAUCAUUUACUCAGCUUUUAAAAACCCUAGCUUCUCUGCUCUUGCUGAAUGUUCCCAAUAUAUGGAAUAAUAAAGAACUGUCCUCCAUGUCCCAGUUCUUACAAGAGGGAAAAGUAGAAAGAAGGUCAGAUAUAGCUUUUAGCUUAGCAAUUCAAAACCCUAUUGAGAAUUUACCGGCAUCUGACAAAACUACAGAAAAACCAUUCCAUGACCAGCCUAACACAAGCCAUUUGUAUAUGUCAGAAUUGUCUGUAUAAGGGAGCAUGCGUACACACGCACACUCACACACACAGAAUCUCUAUUAUUGCUAUGACUGUAUGGACCAUACAAAGCUAGAAAAGGAUUGUACAGACAUUCAACUUCAAAGAGAUUUAUAUUAUUUUCCCAAAGUCAAUAAAAUAUGUUCUAAAAA